ACGAUUAUAGACAAGGUGAUGAAUUAUUGAGAUGGCACUUCAUCAGUCGCCUGACUUAAAUGGCCUGAUAUUAAACUGCGAGCCCACAGACUUCAAGAGAGGAGUACCCGUUUGGACGGCCCCAUCAGACUCCGCGUUAUGGCUAACUUCGGCGCCGUGUACAAAGUUGCCGUGCUGUUACUGGCGUCCCUGCUGGUGGUGCAAGACUUCAGACCGUCCCAAGCUCAGUGGGCACAGACAAAUGGCUGGGGAGGGGCGGGGGUUGGUAAGCGUAUGUUCACUCCCCCCGAUCUAUCCGGACCCUGCCGAGUGGACCCGUAUGUGGCUCUCCUCAUCUCAAGACUUGCAAAGAAGCAGAGCGGCUGCGGAACUGUGACUUAUCGUCAUCUUUCGGCGCAGAUGAUUCCAAAUGAGACAAACAUGGCGGUAAACAUGACAACUUCCGGUGCCUUCCAAGUCGCUCAGAUGUGACUUCCGUCCACAACAGGAACUGAUGACGACUGCCUUGAUGGACGGAUUAACCUCUCUUUCCAGACAUCUACCAUGCCAUUUUAAAACCUGGACUUUACCUUGAACGUUGAAACGUUCAAAGCAUAAAAUGAUGUGACGCAAAUUGAUGUUUUAUGUCAGUUGAAUUAUUAAUUUUAUUUAUUUCAUUUGUUGUUGAAUCUACUCUUAUCGUUUCUGUUAUUAUGUCUUCGCAAAACUUAAUACUUCGUUACAUGGACGUAUAUUCUGUAACACUGAUGUUACGUUAGAUGUCGUUGUCGACGUCUUCACGAACGACAGAAGAGAUCAACUGUUGUGUUCAUAACCUUCUGAGACAACUGUGGCAUGUAGAGAUAGAUUUAAGAAAACCUAAACUAUAAA